AUGGGUGCCCCUCCUACUCCUGCCGAAAGUCAGGAACAUCAGCAACUCCUCAACCGCCUGGACAUCGCCCAGGUCCCACGCCCCUUCCGCAACCCGAACUGGAGGCCAUCGCAGCGUCGCAACAAGAACGUCAAACAACUUAUCUCCGAGAACUCCAGAAAGGAGGCGUCUGUUAUGGCGACACAGGCAAACUCUGGCGCAUCGACUCCCUUACAACCCAGCACCGACGGCAGCCAAACGCCCGUUGAAAGCUCCUCUCGGACGAACAUCGCCCAGGCGGCGCAGAACCUGUCGACGCUCGUCUUGGAGAAGAACGCAAGGGCCAUGCUUCCAUCGGGGCCAGCUGUGACAUAUAGCAACAUUGAAUCGGCUCCAUCACUCCAUCCGUCACAGCACACGCGCUAUUGCGAUAUCACAGGGCUUCCGGCACCAUACACAGACCCCAAGACUCGGCUCAGAUACCAUGAUAAAGAGGUGUUUGGGGUCAUUCGGACAUUAAGCCAAGGUGUUCCAGAGAGCUAUCUCGAACUGAGAGGAGCUCAUGUCGUGCUGAAAUAG